GCGGCCGCGUCUCCGAGCUCGGACAUGUUUGAUGAGAUCGUGAUGGCCGACGAGAGGUUUCAUGGUGAGGGGUAUCAGGAAGGGUAUGCUGAAGGCAGUCACGUUGGAGUUGUUGAGGGAAGGAGGUAUGGAUUGCUCCAUGGUGCCAAGAUCGGGUCUGAGAUUGGCUGCUACCUUGGGUUUGCACUGACAUGGCAGUGUCUACUCCAGAAAUGCACGGAUAAAACGAACAGCAAAAAGAUAAGGGCUCUGGAUUCAUUAAUAGGGAUGAUUCAGAAAUUCCCCUAUGAAGACCCCACUUACGAUAAACUGCAAGAAGAUCUGGAAAAAAUCAGGGGAAAAUUUAAACAGCAUUUUUUAUUAUACAAGAAAAUAAGCAACUUGAAUUUUUAAAACGUUCACUGUGUAUUCAUAUCUGGGAUAUGAAGGACAUGCAUCCUGCUAAAAUUUUUGGAUUUUGGACUCUGAAGAUAAAAAUGUUUUGCUGACUGUAUGGAGGGGGUGAUGUGCAUAUGUAUAAACUUAUUUCAAAAUAAUUUUUUUACUACUUGUCUGUUUCCUGAGCAUGCAGGUAUGCCCAUUCAGAGGCUUUUCUUAAUAACUGGUUGCUGGUGUACUUUUUUGUUUGUUUAAUUGUCUUAUAUGUGUAAGUGUUCAAACAGCUUUGAUGCACAGAGUGAGUGUCAGGGCCAUCUAGUGGAGGAGGUCGUUGUAUUGUGUAAGAAAUAGAUGAUAAGAGUUCACAAAUAUUUAUAUAGAUAGUUGUUAAAAUAGAGAGUUCAGAACAUAGGUACACAUGAUACAGCUCUUCUAAUUAUGUGGUUAAUUUUUUUGAAAUAAAGUACUAUUGAGGUAGGAUUCAUUUGUAGCUUGUUUCCUCAUUUGAGACCUCGGAAGGGACACGACAGCGUUGAUGGUCUCUUCAUUUAGGGCAGUUUGAAUACAGUUGGCUUUUAAUUGUUAUGCAGCUAAACUACUGGUAACCAGAACAAGCACCAAACUGCAAGUACCUGAAAAUAGAAGUAGAAUAAAAUAGCAUACCCUGUAUCUCAGUAAAUAGAUAGGCACAAAACAAAAAGAUCACAUACUAGAGAAAAGAAAGCUAAUUUGACUUUAUAAUCACAUCAGAGAAAUACAAAUUUAAAGAAGUUGUCUCUGCAUUCACAAAUGAGUCUUAUUUUUGCAAAUCCAAGUAUUUACCUGUUUACUUCAAAUUAAUGAAAGGUACUAGAUACUCACCUGUGAUUAACUUUGACUCAAAAUAUUUUUUGUUGUGAUCCAUGAAUUACACUUUAAAUAAACUCACCCUGGAUCUUGGUCUAAAAAAGGCAGUUUUGUUGUUCUUCUGAAUGAUAGUACAAAGAGAAGUAAACACUUGAGGUCUAAGUAUUCACAUUUUAAAAUGGAGCCUUUUUUGGAAUCUUUGUACAUGGUUUACAAAAAUGUAUGUAAAAGCAAGGGAAGGGAUGUGAGAGCUCGGAGUAUCUGUGAAGCAUUUGAUUAAUAGAAGUGUAUGAUAUAUAAGUUAUAUGCAAAGUAGUACUCUAGAAAUUGUAUCAAAACAAAAUUAUUUUUGUUCGAC